AUGAGUCCAAAAAAAAUUUUGAGAAAUAAAAUAAAACUGUUAAAAGAUAAUGGGGAAUCGUCAAAUUCGUUGGAAAAUUACACGGGCAUAGGGACUGUGAUAUUUUACCCUCAUAACAAUUUGAAGACAAAAGAAAAGUAUUACGGAAAUAUCUUACUGGGAAAAAAACAUGGAUAUGGGGAGUACAGUUAUCAUAAUGGUGAUUUUUAUCAAGGAUUAUAUGAACAUGGCAAGAAAAAUGGUAUAGGCACUUAUUAUUAUAGUAACAACAUAAAAAAAAAAGGAAAUAAAAAAUUAAGUAAACGUCAUGUUAAAAAAGAAAACCAAAGUGAUAGCGAAGAACAGCAAAGCGCAUACGGAGUAAGUGAUGAGGAAAAUGAAAAGAGUAGAAGUGAGGAGGAAGGUGAAGAUAAUGUAAGUGAAAAGGAGGGAAACAACAAUGAUGAAAGCGGCCAAGAAGUGAGCAAUUAUGAAGGAAGCGACCUAGAAGAGAGCAAUCAAAAAGAGAGCGAAAAUUUCGAAAGUCAGGACGAGAAAAGUGAAGAUUUCCAAAGUGACUAUGAGCAAAACAGUGAAGACACGAGCGAAGGAAAUACCAAUGAGAGCUCAAAAAACAGUGAAAAUAACGAGAAUAACGAAAACGAUGAAAACGAUGAAAACGAUGAAAACGAUGAAAACGAUGAAAACGAUGAAAACGAUGAAAACAACGAAAACAACGAAAACAACGAAAACGAUGGUAUUAACGCCUAUGAGGAUGACGAUAAAGAAUAUUAUGAAUAUGACCAUAAAGAAAACAAAGAUUUUUAUAAAAAUAAAAAAAAGUUUUCUAAGAAGUUAUUAAAACUUAUGAAAAAUUUGGAUCAAACCAAAAUGAAAAAAAACAGCAUCAGUCCUGUGGAAGGUACCUACAUGAAACAAAAGAAUUACUACUAUGGAAACUAUGCCAACGGUUUAAAACAUAACGAUGGGAUGAUGUUGUAUAAAAAUGGGGAUAUAUAUGUGGGUAGUUGGAAAUUCGGGAAAAAAAAUGGAUGGGGAAAGUACAUAUACAAAAAAUGCAGAAGCCUAUUGGAAGGGUAUUGGGAAGACGGAUUCUUAUCAUAUGGGAAAUGGAUUUUGCCAAAUGGAAAUUAUUUUGUUGGGAAUUUUAAAAACAACAAACCGAUGGGGGAAGGCAUAUGGGUUUUGAAGGACAGAACACAAUUAAACGUUUAUUAUCAGGAAGUUAAAAAGAAUUCCAAAGAAAAAAAAAAAAAGCUUAAAAAAGGAAAUGCCGAUAAGGGUACAAACAGCAUAUUAAUAUAUAAGCCACUGUACAUAACUUCUACCAGGUGA